AUGCGUCCGGUUAUAUACUUCAACCCAAUCGCUUUACCGAAAACGAAGCACUACGUACCUCUCUGGAACCGCCAUGUGGUUUCCCCUAAAUUCACUCCUGGUGAUCCGCAAGUCCGAAUGUUCCUUCCCCCAUUUUGGAUGAAAAUGAUUUACCCCGGCAAAGAUUGCCCCAAGUGCCUCGCCGUCUUUAAGGUCCAUCCACAGAUGACCCAGUUCGAUGUGAGGCAGUACUUGGAGAAGAUUUAUAGAGUGCCAGUCGCCAGCGUGCGGCUUAAGAUGCUCUACCACGAUUUGGCACCUCUCGACAUUGCCGAGGACCCCAAAAGGGCUGCGGGAGCCGCUUUGCCUCAUUCGCUUCCACGCGAACCCGAAAGAUAUGAGAAGCUAGCGUACGUGCACCUGGUAAGUAUUAUGUUUUGA